AUGCCUCUUCCCCUCGUUGCGCCUGUAUUUCCUGCAGGCAGGGAGCCUCUGCCUCCUGGAUUCACAGAGGAUGACCGCGCUCAAAUGCUCGAGGCCAAAAAGUACCAAGACUACAUGACCGCUGGUGCCGAAUCUUGUGUUGCCAAAACCGUGCUUGCAGGCGGUGGAGGCUUCGCAAUUGGCGCGUUCUUUUCCAUGAUGUCAGCCUCAUUCGCGUACGAGGAUCCACUACUGCGACAGCAAACACAGGCAGCGCUGAACAACAAACAGAAAGCAGCAGAAAUCUUCAAGGAGAUGGGACGAGGGAUGUGGAAAAGUGGAAAGGGUUUUGGCAAAGUAGGCGCCUUGUUUGCUGGCCUUGAGUGUGUCAUGGAGUCGUACCGCGCACGAAACGACAUGGUCAAUCCAAUAGCUGCUGGCUUCGUAGCCGGUGGUAUCCUGGCACGCAAAUCCGGUCCAAAAGCGGUGCUCGGAGGCGGCUUAGCCUUCGCUGCAUUUUCAGCAGCAAUUGAUCUAUUUUUACGACGCGAGACAGCAGACGACGACUAACUGCUAUGUUGUUAGACUAAUUUAUUGUCCUAUAGUGUACCCCAUCUCCACUGCACACCCUAAUCGCAUUUCCAUCUACUCUGG